AUGGCAAACGAGUGUAGAAAAGUUGAACUCCAAGACCUUUUCAUGCCACCAGAGACAAAAGUGCUUAUUCACAAUAUAUCCGAGGCUACAGCCGCACUUACUCUUUCAUCAUCAGAAGAGGACCAACUGAACAUUUUAGUUUUAGAUGGAAAAUUUCUGUUGAUAGAUAUUUCAAGGUGCUUUAACUGCAGAUUCCGAGCCGUCAUGAAACCUGUGGCAACAAAAUAUGAAUGCAAUUCGACGCUCAAACUUCCACGAGGUUCUUUUAAAUUGAUGAAGCAUUCAACUUUUGGAAGCUGUAUCUUGCUUUUUGAAGCUCCAGCUUUUCAUAGAGUGUUCCUUAAAGUAGUUGAUAUGCUUCCUUUACGCUCGGGGUCCACUUCAAGUGAAGCAUGCAGCCUUAGACAGUUGGUUGUUGAACCACUGACUGGCGUGCCUAAGCAAAAAAUAUGGUCAGCUUGCAACAACUUUUCUCAGGCACAAACAGAAUUAUACAUAUCAGAAAGUAAUUCGUUAAAAGUCCAAUGGGAUAACAAGUUCGAAGAUGUCUUACUCAACUAUGAAUACUUUCCUCUCUGUGCCAAUCGAACUUUAGGAGAUACCUCGAGUGGCCAUUUUUGCUCUCCAGGUUACCCCGAUAUUUUUUUUGGAUGCAAUACUUCUUACUCCAUAUAUGUGCCUUUUGGAUUUUCGAUUGAACUCAAACUGAGUGUCUUAGGAGUGACGGCUGGUGCCUUCUGUCAAAACAAUUCCCUAGAAGUGUUGACGCGCAAUGCAACGCACGGGGAGAAAACAUUGCUUGGUUUGUGCCUGGAUGCUGUUGAUGGCCAGAAAGAUAUAUUCACUUUGCACUCUUUUGAUAAUCGCCUGGACAUCAGGAUACGCCCUAAAGAAGAUUUACCACGCAAGGGCUUUUGUGCUUCAUAUAGAGCGAUUGCAAAUGAUCCAAGUACUGUUCUAGAUUGCCCAUAUGGUUGGGUGCCCGGACAAAAGUUCUGUUACAAGAUUUUUGAUAAGAAAUUAUCUUGGAUUAGCGCUGAAGAAUUGUGUCAAAUGAAAGGUGGUCACUUAGCAAGCAUUACAGAUAACAGAAUAGCUUUGCUCAUUGAUGAUAUCAUUUUGAAUAGUCCUUCUCAUGAGACCAACAAUGCCUAUUGGAUCGGUGCCAACGAUUUGAGAUAUGAAAAUUGCUAUGAAUGGACAGACGGACAAGCCUUUGACUUUUUCUAUUGGUUUCCUGGUUGGGAAAACUACGGCUGGUACAGCGUUCAACCAAGUGACGAUGGCUUAUCUCAGCAAAACUGUGUGGAAUUGCGCAACUUAUUCAGGUACCCCAGUAAAGGGGAAGGGAUUACAGAGCGAUUUUUCUGGAACGACAGAGACUGUGAUGUGGCCAAUCCUUUCAUUUGCCAAAGACUAAAACCAGGAGUAAGUCUGGAACCAGUCUAUGUCCCAGCAUGUAAUCGAAGCAUCCUUUUGAAUUGGGAACACCUUCGGGAUACUAUUACUUCGCCUGGAUUUCCCAACAACUAUCCUAACAAUGUAGAAUGUCAUUACUACAUAUCGACAACUCAUGGGAAGAGGAUUGUUGCAUUGUUUACUGAUUUUAUUCUCGAAGAAAGCGAGAGCUGCGAAUAUGAUGUUAUGAUAUUACGAGAGGACAAAAUGAAAUGGCGGAGAUGCGGGAACUGGGAAGACAAAAUUAAACUCCUUCGUUACAUUUCUCAUGGGAAUACAAUUCAUUUGACAUUUUCAUCAGAUUUCUCUCAUUCUUUUAAAGGAUUUCGAAUAGAAUUUUCUAUAUUAUCAGAACAAUCUACAAAGAGUGCCUUAUGUGACAACGACAUGUUUCAGCUGAAAGGUAGUGACUGUUACUUGGUGGUUAACUAUCCUGAAACAAGUUGGAAUACAGCUCGUCAGAUAUGCUCUGAGGCUAAAGCCAAGUUAGCAGUCAUUGAGAAUGCAGAUCAGGUUCCUAUUUUAGACGAACUGGUUAGAUCCACUUUUGGAUACAUGUCAGGAGUGAUAUAUUGGGUUGGAGCUUACUCUCCUGCUCACAACUCUUCAUGGAAAUGGAUCGAUGGUACUUCCUUGAACACUGCAAACAUGAGGAUUUUGCGCUCUGAUGACUCUCAAAGGACUUCGUGCCUAGCUAUUCAAUGGAAACAUCUCAGGAACUCAAACGCUUUACGUUGGACUGCGAAGAACUGCAACCAUCCUGGACGUUUCAUUUGCAAAAAGCCGUCCGUUGUUGUUCCAGAGGAAUUGAAUAAAACUGUCAGUCAAAUGAAUGGCAAUCUGACGUCACUGAACUACCCAUCAAACUAUCUGAACGAUUUGGACUAUAUUGUGGAAAUCAUUGGCCCUCCGAAUUCAAGAAUAGUUCUGACAUUUCAUCAUAUAGACCUUGAAUGGCAGGAGGAUUGUCUUUAUGAUUACAUUUUGCUGCAGACUGACCUCAAAGACUCUGGUGUAAAAUUAUGCGGAGAAAAUCCCAAUGGAAAGGAGUUUGUGUCUUCUGGAAACAAGGCUUACUUAAGUUUCCAUUCUGACUUUUCGAUCACAGCACCAGGUUAUGAAGCUUCGUGGGAGAUAGUUGACCUUUCUGUUUGUUUAAAUAGGCGGCUUUUAAUCCUAGAACCCACUCACAUUUCAAGCCUCCGUUAUCCUCGAUCAUACCUUAGUAAACUAGAGUGCCAAGUUACUGUGAUUGCAUCUUCAGCCAAACAAAGAUUACUCCUCACAAUUACUGACUUAGACUUGGGUCAUUGCAGCGAUGCUUUCUUGGAGAUAAAUUUAGAUCCCAUUGACGAGAGCAAGAAAGUUAAACUGUGUGGAAAUGACCUACUUUCUGGAACGCAGUUAAUGGCAUAUGGAAAUGAAGCUCACUUGUUUUUCCAUUCUGGUGAUGGCAAAAAUGUGGGAAGUCUGGGGCACAAAGGAUAUAAUGUUACGUGUCAAACUUGGGCCGACACUAAAUUAGAAACAACUCUCUACCUGAAUACAAGACGAAAAGGUCGGAUCUACAGUCUGAAUUUCAAUCAUGCUCAACCAAUCGGCUUGAACUACAGCCAGAGAAUAAUAGUUCCUAUCGGAAAUAAGAUCCAUUUGCAGUCCCCAAAUAUGAGUCAACCGUCAGUGCUGUUGCCUUCUUCUUGCGAUGGAAGUGGACUUCUAGUGCGAGAUAAUUACGCCAUGCAGAAAACACUUCUGUUUUGGAGUCCUUGCAAAACUACCAAUUUCUGGGAUAAUGACGGCUUCUGGUCCACUCUGCAUGUAUUAAGUAUUCAUGCCUGGAAUUAUGAUGGAAAUUUACCGACAUUCUUCUUCGAUUAUUCUGUUGGGAAAGAUGACCACUUUGUGAACACUACUUUGUCAAUAGAGUCGGAUUCAAUAGAAUCAUGCAAACCUAAUCCAUGCCAGCAUGGAGGACGGUGCAUAAAAAAUGGAACCACACACAAGUGUCACUGCUUCGGACAGUAUACAGGCCUAUUUUGUCACCUUACAUGGUGUGACACUAAUGUUUGUGGAGAAAACGGAAUCUGCAAUCUAACUGCUAAUGGAUGGACAUGUGAAUGCUUAUCAGGAUAUACUGGACCUCAUUGCCAACAAACCAUGACACCUUGUGUUCCCAACCCCUGCGAAUCGGAUGGAGUUUGUUCCAUUCGAAAUGGAACGUUUUCCUGUCUUUGCGGCCCUGAAUACGAAGGCGCUCAUUGCGAAAAAUUUGUUCUUCGCAUUCCUUACAAGCCAUUAAGUCAACGAAUGUUAGAAGAGCCAUUUUGGCUUGGACUCAUAACCGUGUUUACUGUUUUGCUCAUAAUCCUUUUCGUUUAUUGUAUCAAGAGAAAGUUUGCAGACAAGAUUGAAAAGUUUCUUGCAGAAGAAAUUGAAAGGAGCAAGUAUCAACCAUCCCCUCCGGCAACCAGAUACAGCUUGAGUUCUACUCAGCCGAGUCUGACACCCGGAAACCAAAGUCCUCAGACGUGCCCGAAAUCCUUUUUUAACCGCAUUCGGAAAAACAGUCUGUUAAGUGCAGCCUGCAGCCCGAGCCCUAAUGCCGACAGGGAGCAACCGAGGACAUUCAGUUUCGAUGAUAUUCUACGAAGGGUGCAUUCCUCGAAGAGAAACCGAACGUCUUCAACUAAUCAAGCUUCCAGCGGAGCGAGUACUUCUACAGCCGACGUUGAUACUUCAAAAGAGGAUACAGUGAAAAAAGAAGAUGAGAAAUCAAGAAUUUUAGCAUCGCUUGUUACGAGUAACAAAGAAGCUGCCUCCCGCCGCAUGAGUCUUGAUGAGUUUUUUCGGAUGAGUGAGCGGAAACUGCAACUGAGUGCCAAAAGAACAAACAGUGCCGCAGAGAGUACUGAAUCAGAAGGUAGAAAAGAAACAAGUUUCAUAUCUGUGCCAUCACCUAAAACUUUAAGGCAAUCAUUCUCUGAAAUCCAAAGCAUUCGAGAGCAAUCAAUAGAAUACGUUUCAUCCUCAGAAAGCCUUAGCUGUGAGCCAAGUACUAGCGAAAUACAAGCCGAUGUUUCACCUACUCCUAUUACUAGUGCUUGUGACCAAAAAUCUCUAGAUGAAGACAUGGAACUAAAUCCUCCUGAAACUCCGACCAGCCAAACACAAUCUGCAGCUCCUAGUCCUACGCCUACAGAACAUUCCGCACCGCCCUCAAUUAGUAUCGUUAUUGAACCGUGCGACUCAGAAUCCAAACAAGAUUCCGAAUCUGAUGAGAAAAACUGUGAUAGUGAAUCUAAAAGCAGCGUACGUGAAGCAUUCAGACCUCUGAGCCCAGUUAUAUCAAGAAAGAGUUCCUACCUUGAAGUGCCUCAUCCAAUACCUGCAAUUCAUGUAUUUUCUGCAGAAGGAGAUGAAUCACAUUGCUUUAAUGAAAAUAAUUGCCCAAUGAAACAAGAGAGAUUCGAUUGUUCGUCACCUUCUAAAAAAGAAUUCGUGCCUAUUCGAAAAUAUUCUGUGGAUUUACCCACGCCAAAAAUUUUAAUUACUGCCAACAUGACUUCGUGUGAUUCCGAUGAAGCUAGUCCACCAAGAACUCCAAAUCCAAAUAAAUCAAUGAUGUAUUUAAGCCCUUUAGCAGUAAUUUCUUCAUCAACAGAUAGAACAAUAUCAGAAUCAAAUUUAAGCACAUCGGGUUACUCAUCUAUAUCUAGCCCAGGUUUGUCGAGAUGCAACUCUAGCAGUCCUAUUUCUGAUGACAUUGAACAUCAGCAUCAUUCGAACGGAAAUCGCAAACCAGAAUUGCAGUCCCCAAAGAAACCCCAUGGCCUUCAAAUGACUUACCUUAGUGUAGGCGGUAAUGACAAAGCAUUUUUCUUUCCUCCAACAAUUGCAUGUCAUUGCCAUACUCCAAAUCAACCAGCACCAGUUGUGUUUGAGCCAAAAAAUGCACCUGCGGUGCCUAGUGUGUGGACUGCAGGAAAGCAUCGGCUACUUUAUAAAAGAAAUUCAUAUCAAACAACGAGUACAGAUGAUUCUAUAGAUGAUGAAGGAAUAGGCAUGGAUACGAUUGACUUUAAAAUUCGCAAAGGAGAAGUUCGAAGUGCUCACGACUUAGAAAUUUUCAUAGCUUCUGAAAAAACAGCUUCUCCACCAGCAAUUCCUUCCCCUAUAAUGGUUGAAGCAUGCAAACCUGAUUUACUUACUUGCUCUGUCAAUAACAAAUCAGGAAAUGGCUCAAGCUUCAAGGGUAGUCCACGAGCAGCAACGCGUAAAGGAGAAAAACCUAAAAAAUAUAUGGAUAAGCACCGUCGAAGCCCUAUCAUGUCACCAGCCAGCACACCUGUGAAAGAUCAUGGUGAAAAUGCAGAAUCCCGCAUUCCUCGCAAUUCUUCUCGAACUAGCAUUAGCGGUCCAUUGGUGUCUUCAUCGGAAAGUGAUGACCAAGAAGGAUAUUUAGGAGCUCGACAAAAGAAUCAAACUCGUCGAUCCAAGAAACAGCACGAAACAUCUGGUUCCACUCAUAAGCAACCGUUGAUUUCAUUGCCAUCGCAAGAUAGCAGUGGCCCCAAAACAGAUAAAAGUUCCGAUGCAAAUGGCCGAUCUAGUCCUCUUUCAGAAAGCAAUGGAGAUUCAGCACCAAUGGAUUCUAGGUCUCCCGCAUCCUCCUCAUCUGAUUCCCUCCCGUCCACCAGGGACUCAGCAAUCUCUGAAAAAAUUUAUUGUACAAGACACAAGCCAAUUUUGGAACAUACAAGAUCAUAUCCUCCACCAAGUCAUUCUUCAAGGCAUUACAAGGACGAAAUCAAAGGACUUGCACCCAAAUCAAAACUUGAGGUUAAGAAGAUGAGACCACCUCCUAUUAUACAACUUGCUUCUGAGGAAGAUAUUACUCGAUCUACUGAAGAACAUCCAUGUUUGCGAAGGCAAGAAGCAAUUGUUGAAGAUGAACCAAGUGACGACUCGAGCAGCGAGACAACUGUCCUACUCCGGCGGCCCCUUGAAAGUCCCCGGAAUAUGCAGCAGAGCUCUUCAGCUGACGUGUCCGAGUGGGAAGCCUUUACCAAGGAAUGAUGACUCAACUUUCUGUGAUUUUGCGAAAAUUAUUUAUAUUCUUUAAGAUUGUUUUUAUCUCGCCGACUUACAAUCAGCCACAACACUGGCCGCCUUCUGUUUCAAAUGAACGAAACAAGUCUCCGCUAAAAAAAAAAGUUUGAUUUCAUCCUGAAAGAACUGGAAGAAAAUGUAUUUUUUUAAAAAACUUCACUUUUUUAUUGGAUGAGUCAGGUACUUAUUUAGAAUUUACAGAACAGUUUCGAGAAGCUCUUUCAAUUAUUUGCUCAAAUUUUGACUCCAUUCAUUUGCUUCUCGGAUGUUGCACUGGUAAAAACGUUUUGAGACCUCUUCAAAUUUUAAAACGAUGAUUCUACGCCUGUCUGCUUGUAUUUUAAUGUUCAACGUGCCAUUCCCAUUGCUCUACUGUUAUAAUAAAUA